GCAAAAUGAAUCUUCUUUGUUUGGGUGGUGCAGGGAUUUCCCUAGCAACCGAAGCAGUGAACAUUUGCUUAAUAGAAUUAAUGAGAUUUCCUCGCGGUCUUUAUAUAAGAUACAGACCUCCAUUUAUUGUACUUCAUAGGUUUAGUAAAUUUAUGAGCUCAAACUUUGUGAAGUCAAUAUUUCUUGAAUUGCAGUACUCAAAUUUGAGUUGGAUUAAGGACCCAACCUUUGAUAGCUAAUAAUUUCUUUGGAAAGAAUCCGUAGAGGUAAUUUUUACAAAAAUGGGUCCCAAAAAGAAAGGUGGGAAAGCAAACAAGCUUGCUCGGAUGACUGAUGAGCAACGCGAAAGGUAUCUCCAGCAUCGUGCUGCUAUUGAGGAGGAGACAAGAAGACGGAAAGAGCAACUCAUAGCAACUUUUAUGAGAAAUAAACUAAAACGUGAAGAAGCAUUCACUAGGAUUAACUCUGCAAAAAUCAAUCAACACUGGCGGCAUAUAUUGAGAAAAAUCAAGUGUGCAGAGUUAAGAGAAGAUGUAGAGAACUUAUGGCACAGCUUUGAGCGAAUAAUGGACCAGAAACAGAGGCAAAAAGAUGAACUACUAUGCAGUCUUGAGGUGGCAGAAAGGCAGUACUCUGAUACCCUACAAUCUCACAUGGAAGUAGUUGAAAGGCUUAUUGAGGUCCACUCAGAACAUGUCAACAGUUUGAAAGCUUUAUUUACCUCUCAACUAGUAGAGCAGUUAAGUAAUGCCACAGAUGAAAAGGCUUUAAUCCAUGUAAUGUAUGAAAGAGAAAAUAAGAAAUUACAUGUCAUUCGUAUGACAAUGGAAAUGGAUUUUCAAAGCCCUGAGCGGCAAUUGUAUAAGUAUGAAAAGACAAAUAAAAUAUCAGAAAUGAAAAAACAGUACAAGGAGUACUGGCAAUCUCUCAUCUCAGAAAGAGAACGAGCUUUAGAAGACAUCUGGCAGAAGAUACAGGACUGUUUGAAUACUUACGCAGCUGAUACUGCAGCAAAGAGAAAAACGGUUCAACAAUUGCAUAAAAUGGAUCAGGACUGGCUCCAAACAUUAGCAGACAUCCAGCGUACAUCAAGGCGAGUUGGUCAAAUGAAAGAGCAUGCAGAAAACAAGAUUAAUGAAAUUUCAGAAAACAAUUCAAAUCUUCGAAAACAAAGAGAUUCUAUGCUUCACUGUUAUAAAGUGCUUGUAGAAAGAGUUGGAAAAGAAAAUAGAAAAGAUGAUGAAAAGUUUGAACACCUUGUGAUCACAAGUGACGGAAUUUUAAAGGAUUUAAGCAGUUUAAGGAAUAAAGGAGAAAAAGCUCUUGCUAUGCUUGUACUAUGCCAACGACUUGAAACUAGAAUUGAGCAAAGAGCAGCACAGGUUACAUUAAAAGGGGAGCAGGUUGUUAAAAAAGCAGAGAAAAUGGACAACCCUCCAGAAAAAACAAAUGCUGAAAACAAAAACCUCUAUGAAGAUUUUUCAGAUGAAGAUGACAGUUUCAUAACAGAUCUCGAAGAGAGGGAGAUGCGAACCUUUGGAAAACUAACUAACUUCUGGAAGAAGUAUAACAAAGUACUGAUAGACACCACAAAUGCCCGUAUGGAAAGGGACAUGCUAGCAAUUGAAAAUCAGCAAUUAAGAAGUACUUUACAAAAUUACCUAUCGGAAAUGGCAAGGGUGGAUUCAUGUGGUGCUCCAACUGGACAUCGUAUUGCAAAUAACCGACCUCGAACAACUCAGUUUUCUGGAUUUAGAACUACAAGAAGGUUUCCCCAAAGGCCUGUCUCAAGUAUAAGCUGGAGUCGAAGUGUUGCAAGUCGUGGUGUAAGCCCUGGUUCAAAGCUGAGUGCCAGUCGUGCCAGUUCUGCUGCAGUGAAGACAACAGUACAGAGUGAUCGUCUCUCUUUGGUCUCUUCAAACUCAGAUCAAUGGUCAAUCUAAUAGUAUUUAAG